UUCAUUCUUAUUACACUAAGAUCUUAAUCAUGGCCAACUACAAUGUUGCUCAACUGCUAAUCCUCCUUCUCAACUUGGGAACUUUGCUCAUUUCUAUUGCAUGUCCAUAUUGUCCUUACCCUACUCCUCCCUCCAAACCACCAAAACUCCCACCCAAAGCACCACCCAAGGUCAAACCACCCCCCCAUUCCCCACCAAAGCCUCCCGUCGUAAAACCACCACCCUACGUCCCCAAACCACCACCGCCCACACCCAAACCUCCCCUCGUGCACCCUCCAAUCAUACCCAAACCUCCUGUUGUGCACCCUCCGAUAGUGUAUCCUCCCGUCAUACCCAAACCUCCUAUCGUGCACCCUCCAAUAGUGUAUCCUCCAGUCAUACCUAAGCCUCCCAUCGUUUAUCCCCCGAUCAUACCCAAACCUCCGAUUAUCUAUCCUCCUAUCAUACCCAAACCUCCCUCCACACCAAAACCACCCGUCGUUGUGCCACCACCUCCACCGACUGUCACACCAAAACCACCACCUACAGAAACUCCGUGUCCACCGCCACCAUCACCAUCACCACCCAAGGCACAAGAAACAUGCCCCAUUGACACCUUGAAACUCGGUGCAUGUGUGGACGUCCUAGGUGGCCUAGUGCACAUUGGAAUCGGCAGCAGCGCCAAGGCUACAUGCUGUCCGGUGCUCCAAGGGCUCGUCGACUUGGACGCAGCCAUCUGCCUUUGCACCACCAUCAAAGCUAAACUUCUCAACAUUAACAUCAUCUUGCCUAUUGCUUUAGAGGUUCUUGUGGACUGUGGGAAAACUCCUCCCUCUGGCUUCCAAUGCCCUGCCUAGAGAAAUUCCUUAUCAUUGCAGGGACUGAGAUGUUCAUCCUGGAGAAGUGUUGCUCUAUGUCAUCUGUAUGAUAGAAACUUUUUACUUCGUUUGAAGGGCAUGCAGUAGCCCAGUCUCCGUGGGUUUGUAUUGUAACUUUAGUUUCAAAAUCUCAAGUAAUGAUAAUUUCUUUUUUUCCCUCUAAGAUAAAUGUUAGAAAAAAAAUGGACGUGGAUUGAGUUCAGAGAUGCAUUUGACAUGUGAUUGGGGCUUUAUUAUAGUUUUGAUCAU